AUGUUUAGUUUUCUCUGCAAAUCGGUUCUCCACUAUAGGAGAGACACUGCUACACUUUCACCCACCCACAAGCUCUUUUCAUUUCAACACUCGCCUUCUAUUGUUACUCUCAGAUUCUUCAUCUCAACCUUUGAAAAUCCAAAUAAACAGUCAUUUGCAGCCUCUUAUCUCAUAAGCAGAUUUGGGUUCUCUCCAGAAUCAGCCUUUUCAAGUUCUAAACGUCUCAAAUUUAAAACCCUAGAUAAACCUGACUCGGUGAUUCACAUGUUUGAGAACUAUGGUCUCUCUCAAGACCAAAUCUUAAAACUCGUUAAAAAAUACCCACGAGUGCUUUCGUUCAGAUCUGAGAAAACCCUUUUCCCUAAACUCGAGUUUUUUCACUCUAAAGGCAUGUCAGGCAAUGACAUUGCCCACAUUUUUUGUGCAUAUCCUCAUCUUUUGGACAGAAGCUUGGAAAACCAGAUAACUCCUAAUUUUAACUUCCUUGCCAAUUUGCUUCAAUCCAAUAACAAGACAAUUGCUACUGCUAAAAGAUACUCGCCUAUUCUCUAUCAUAAAGCCGAUACAUAUUUGAAACCUUGUAUCAAAAUUUUGGAAGAGUAUGGAGUCCCCAAAAUGCAUAUUGCUUCGUUGGUUUACCGCUCGCCUAGGUCUGUCAUGAUGUCUCCGAAUCAUUUCAGAAGGAUUGUAGAGAGGGUGAGAGAAAUAGGAUGUGAUCCGUUUAAGUCCAAUUUUACUGUGGCAGUGUUGGUGAUGAGUCAAUUGAGCAAAUCUGGAUGGGAAAGGAGGUUGCGUGUUUAUAAGAGUUGGGGUUGGUCUGAGGAAGACAUCCGUGCUGCUUUCAUAAAGGAGCCAUGGUGCAUGAUGACAUCAGAUGAUAAGAUAAUGGCAGUGAUGGACUUUUUUGUUAAUAAUAUGGAUUGCGACCCUUCAUUUAUUGCCAAAAAACCCUAUCUACUGAAGCCAGGCUUGAAGACAAGAAUGAUCCCAAGAGCUUCAGUUGUUCAAUUUUUGCUAUCGAAACAGUUGAUUAAAAGGAAGCCUAACUUGGUUACUCUGUUUUUCUCUUCUGAGAAGUUGUUCCUUAAGAAGUUCGUGAAUUGUUUUGAUGAAGCUCCUCAGCUAUUAGAGAUAUACGAAAAGAGAAAUCAAAUCUUUCAAAAAUGA